AUGGCGACACACAAGAUUGAGCAAGCAGAAUUCACAGUUUUGGCAGACAAGAAAUGCGUAGAUUACACCACUGACGAUUUGGAGAACAAUGGGGCACGGUUCGUGUCAUUUUUCAACGAGUGUCCGAAUGCAUUUGCUGGUCUCACGUGUCUCUACCUGGAGAAAUUGAUAUUUGCUACAUCUGACUUUGUAUCCAACAUCACGGUUACUUGCAAGCAACUAAAAUAUUUAGGUUUUUUCCAUUGCUACACGUACACGGAGGGGUUGAUAAUGCUUGAAGUUGAACACACACAACUGAGUGAGCUAUGUAUUAUCAAUUGUCGUUUUGGCAUGGUCAAGCUCACUAGGCUUCCAAAACUCACCCGAUUGGCGUUUGAGCAUUGGCUGUCUUAUGAAGAACCACCAUUGUCAAUUGGUUAUGUACCAUUACUUAAGGCUCUGAGCCUUUCAAAUGUUGCUAGUAGUAGCCACAAAAUGGUCGAGUUAAGUAAGUUUCUGUAUGAGACCUCUGUUCAAGACCUGAGGUUGGGGUUUAAAUUCGAAAAGAUCUGGGUUCAACCAGAGUGUCUGAAUAAAAGGUUGGCAUUUGGGUUCUGCCAACUAAAGAUUGUCAAUCUAGUUAACAUCCCUGAAGGGUAUGAUCUCACCUGGACAAUGUUCGUUUUGGAAGCGGCGCCGACCCUGGAGGAGCUCUACAUGAUGGUAAUGGAUCAUCCAUGUGAAAUGCAAACGAGCCAAGAGAUUAGCGAGAACAAGGGUGUUGAAUGGGAAUCACCUACAUCAAAUUCCAAGCACCACUGUCUGACCAAGUUCAUCAUGUUCGGCUUUCAGGUUAAUGACUACAUGGUGGAUCAUGUCAAGCGUGUCAUGAAAGCGGCAGUGAAUUUACAAGAUGUGUACCUGCAUGAUAGACUGAUAUGUGAUAAGUGCCCAUGGAAACUAGAUAUAUUCACCCACAUGGCCACAUGA